ACCAAACAACAAAGCUGCGAGCGCUUCCGGGCGUCGCUCUCGCUUCUGUUCGCGCGCGCUGCUGGGGCAGCCGGCGCUCGCCGCCAUGCUUCGCGCGACGCUGCUCCUGGCGUCCGCGCGCCUCUCGAGGAGCGGCCUGUCGCAGACGGCCCCGGCCGAGGCGACGUACAAUCCCAUCUGCGCCUCGGGCGAGGCGGACAAGGGCCGGUGGGAGGGCGUCGAGGAGGGCGUCUACCACGAGCGCGUGCUCGGCGGCUUCAAGUGCCGCUUCGACAACGCGACGCUCGCGCAGAUCGACGACGCGAGCCUCGACUACGGCCCGCGGCUCGCGGCCCUGCUCAACGAGACGAAGCGCCGCUACGACGCGCUGAGCCCCUGGACCUACGAGCUCGUGCUCCGCCACGUGCCCAUCUACUUCGAGUUCGACUACUGCGACUACCCCGCGGACGAGUCCGCGUUCCUCCGCGAGCGGCACAAGCACGACGACUCCGACUGCUACGACCAGCAGUUCAGUUACAGCGGCUGGCACGGCGGCGCGACGGAGGCCAAGGUCGGCGCCGUCGAGGCCUGGCGGUGGCGCGAGACCGUGAACUCGCUCUACGACGGCGGCUCCGUCUUCAUCCACGAGCUCCUCCACGCGUUCCACGACGCCAUCGCCGACAUCACGGGCGGCGGCGACGUGAACGUCUACGCGAACUGCUGCCCCUACGCGGGCUACGAACACAACAUCGGCCCCGCGGCGCUCCAGGAGGCCUGGCAGGCCGAGGGCGACGACCGCUACAUCAACAUCGACGAGUACUUCGCGUACAUGACCGAGGCGUACCUCACGGAGCGCGCGGACGUGCCGACGACGUACUGCGCCGACGGCGACGACGACGCCGGCGGCGCCUACUGCCCCGCGGUCAUCGGCACCUGCGACGACCACGACGCCGACGACGACGCGUGCUACGCGUCCUGCGAGGACAUCAUCGCCGACCGGGGCUGGACGUGCCAGGAGGUCAUCGACGCGGGCGUGCCCGAGUCCUGGUGCACGCAGUGCCCGUCCUGCGACGUCGCGGCGGACGACGGCGACGACGGCGGCGGCGCGACGUGCGGCGACGGCUGCUGCUGGUACGACUGCGACGCGUACGCGCGGGACGUCUGCUCCGACGGCCUCUUCAACCACGCGGCGAGCGGCGGCAUCGAGACGCGCGAGGACAUCGAGGCGGCGCUCCCCCUGACCUACGCGUUUCUGACGUCGAUCCUGACCCUCGGCGAGGCGGAGCUGACGGCGCUCAUGAACCUCGAGUACGAGCGGCGCUGGCGCUACGCGGCGUCGGGCACGGACGCGUCCUGCGCGGACGUCGAGUUCGAGGCGGGCCGGUGCUACGCCUACCUCGGCGCCUACGACCCGUGCUACCUGGAAGGGGCCGCGGACGACCUCUCGGAGUGGUCCGUCUCGGGCGAGCUCGCCGUCGACGGCCUCGCGCUCGCCGACGCCGAGGCCCAGAGCGCCGUCUUCCGGGACGCCGUCGCGGCGCUGUCGCUCUACGCCGACGCCGACGACGUGAGCCUGACCUUCGCGGCCGCGUCGCGGCGCCGCCUCGACGAAGCCGGCGUCGUCGCGAGCUACGUCGUCGCGGUGACGUCGCAGGUCGCCGCCGAGGCGCUCCGCGGCGACCUCGCCGACGCGUCGCCGGCGGACGUCGACGCCGCGCUCCAGGCCGCCGCGGCCGACGCCGGCGCCGCGGCGGCCUUCGCGGCCGCGGAGGUCACCGCCGUCUCCGAGCCCGACGCGCGCGACGACGGCGCCGUCGACGCCGCGCCGCGCGCCGCCCUCGCCGCCCUCGCCGCCGCGCCCCUCGUCGCCCACGUCGCCGCCGUCGUCGGCGCGCUGUGGUUUGGGCGCCGCGCUGGCACCGCGUCGACCAUGCUCGCGGCGCGCGUCGCGCUGCUCACCGCCGCGGCGUGCGCGUCCGGCAGCGGCGACGACGCGGCCCUCGCCGACUACUUCGCCGUCGCCCGGACCAUCUGGCCGGCGACGACGUCCGCGGGCCGGUGCCUGCGCGUGCAGGAGGCCGAGGGCUGGGCCGCCAAGGGCGCCUCGUCGAGCUUCAAGACCGCGGGCGUCGAGGGCGUCGGCCACCACUGGCUCGAGGGCCUCGACCGGUCGCUCUGCGGCGGCAAGCGCUGCGGCGGCCAGCAGUCGUUCUCGGCCUGCGGCGGCUGCUGCAAGGUGUCGACGACCAAAGACGCGGUGGCCUACGCCAAGGCGCCGCAGCGCGCGCGGCGCGGCCACGCGUGGCGCUGCUUCAGCUCCGACAAGCCGAACUACCCGAAGCUCUCGAAAUCCCGGCACCACGUCGUCCUCGUCCGCGACGUUCUGGCGACGCACGAGUCCAUCCUGCGGCGCUUCUGGAAGUGGGACGCGCGGCCGGGCGGCGGCGUCGACACGCUGGCGCGGGAGGAGACCGCGCUCGGCAAGGCCAUGGCCAAAUUGGAGGGCCACGCGUUCGACUGCCGGCGGACGCUGUACCUCAGCUUCGACCACGCGCGGCGCCACCCGGCGGCGCACGCGGCGGCCAUGGCGCGCUUCCUCGGCGUGCCGUCGGCGUCGAAGCUCCGCGCCUUCUUCGCGAAGACCGCGGCGCCGGCGAACGGCACCGCGCGCAUCGAUUGCGUCGCGCGGAACAAGGCGCUCCUGCCGCGCCUCGGCGCCUACCUCGCCUGGCUCCGCGCGACGACGGCGAACUUCACCAAGCCCGCGGGCCUCCCGGACCCGGGCUGCGCCCGGGGCCUCGGCCGCGUCGCCGACGCGUGCGCCGGCGGCGACGCGCGGCGCUGCGCCGCCCGGUGGCGGGAGCGCUUCGCGGGCUGCGCCGCGGCGCUCGCGCGGCGCUACCCGACCGUCGCGGCCGUGCCGCCCCUAACGUCGUGCGCCUAG